AUGGAGAGCGUGGCCAAGAAAUGCCUCCAGAAGGAAUUGAAAAAGUUGAUGGAUGAGGGAGCUGAAGGUUUCACCGUGAAAUUACUCAGCGAAGAGAACAUAUUCGAAUGGGAAGUCGGAAUCUUCGGUCCACCCCAGACGUUGUACGAAGGCGGAUACUUCAAGUUAUUGAUGCGUUUCCCGGCCAACUACCCGUUUUCGCCACCGACAGUGAGCUUCUUAACGCGCAUGUGGCAUCCGAACGUAUAUGAGAAUGGAGAAAUAUGUAUUUCGAUACUUCAUCCGGCCGGUGAUGAUCCGCACUCAGGCGAACCGGCUUCUGAGAGAUGGAACCCAGCCCAAAGUGUUCAGUCUGUGAUUGUUUCGGUUAUCUCCCUCCUGAACGAGCCGAAUACGUUUUCCCCGGCCAAUGUCGAUGCUUCUGUAAUGUAUCGGAAAUGGAAAGAGAGCAAGGGGGAGAACAAUGACUACGUCGAAUACGUCAGGAAAAUUGUCUCGGAGUCGCAGGAGGAGGCUGCCAGAGAUGGGGUGAAAGUGCCACUGACCACGGAGGAAUAUAUCGCCACAAAGAGAUCAUCGCUUAAUCGGAACAACGUGGAGGACACCGAUUUCGGCACGGGUUUCGCGACCGACGAUGAUUACGGAUACGAUGAGGACGAUGACGAGUCCGAGGGGGAAACUCUCUCUGAAACUGCCGACUCGGGUAAUGGAGACUCUUGA